AGCCCUCUGAUUGGUCCACACGUUGUGGCGCCAAAGCAGUAAAACCAGGAAGCGCCGUUAGCAGCGGUGGAGGUAUAAUAUCGGGACGUUGCUCUAUUUUUAUCUUUUAUUUACUUUUUUUGUCGUGUUUGCGCACAAAUGGACUCCCAGUCGUACCUUCCCGUCCAGCCCGGGGUGGGCAUGGAGGAGAACUUCCUGUCUCUGGACGACAUUUUGCUGUCUCAUGAGCGGCUUCCAGUCCGGACCGAGUGCACCUUCCCCCGGCUCGGGUUCCUGGAGAAGUCGAGCGACUCGCCAGACAUUCCGGAGGGCACUAAGAUGGAGCUCCCCCUGUGGCUGUCCAAGGGUCUGUAUGAGAGGAAGAGGAGGGUUCUGUCUGUGGAGCUUCCAAAGGUCUACAGAGAAGGCUGGAGGACGGUUUUCACCGCCGACCCCAACGUGGUGGACCUGCACAAGAUGGGCCCCUACUAUUAUGGUCUGGGCUCCCAGAUGCUGCACUUUGAGAGUCCAGAGAACCCGGACAUCGCUCAGACCCUGCUGCAGACCUUCGUGGGUCGGUUCCGGCGGACCAUGGACUCGUCCCAGAACGCCUACAACGAGGACACGUCUUCGCUGGUGGAGCGUCUGGACUUUCUGGAGAAGAGUCUGUUCAGGGCGGGUCAGAGCGGCCUGAACGGCUUCCAGAGCUGGGAGAAGGGUCUGGCCUCCACGCUCACCGCCUCCAGCCUGGUCCUCAACUACCGCAAGAGGAAGAUCACCGACGUCCAGCCCUGAGCAGCCGCUGAGCACCAGAGCAGCCACCUUUGUCCUGACUGCUCUCAGACGUGUCCACCUUUAUCCUGACUGCUCUCAGACAUGUCCACCUUUAUCCUGACUGCUCUCAGACGUGUCCACCUUUAUCCUGACUGCUCUGAGACGUGUCCACCUUUAUCCUGACUGCUCUGAGACGUGUCCACCUUUAUCCUGACUGCUCUCAGACGUGUCCACCUUUAUCCUGACUGCUCUGAGACGUGUCCACCUUUAUCCUGACUGCUCUCAGACGUGUCCACCUUUAUCCUGACUGCUCUCAGACAUGUCCACCUUUAUCCUGACUGCUCUGAGACGUGUCCACCUUUAUCCUGACUGCUCUCAGACGUGUCCACCUUUAUCCUGACUGCUCUCAGACGUGUCCACCUUUAUCCUGACUGCUCUCAGACGUGUCCACCUUUAUCCUGACUGCUCUCAGACGUGUCCACCUUUAUCCUGACUGCUCUCAGACAUGUCCACCUUUAUCCUGACUGCUCUCAGACGUGUCCACCUUUAUCCUGACUGCUCUGAGACGUGUCCACCUUUAUCCUGACUGCUCUCAGACAUGUCCACCUUUAUCCUGACUGCUCUCAGACGUGUCCACCUUUAUCCUGACUGCUCUGAGACGUGUCCACCUUUAUCCUGACUGCUCUCAGACGUGUCCACCUUUAUCCUGACUGCUCUCAGACGUGUCCACCUUUAUCCUGACUGCUCUCAGACGGACGUUCAGUCCCCUGCUGACGCUCUGCUGCUGUAACUGGAUGCUUCACCAGCAAACACACGGCUGCUUUACGGCGCUGCAGAUGGAACUGUGGGGAAAGAAGUCAGACAUAAAUGUGUGAGAGUCGGUAACAUCUACAAACUGCUGCUGGAACUGAAGGUUUGAACCAGAGAAACCACAGAUCAGCUGGCUGUGACGUGGAGAUGAACUGGAUGCUGCUGAACACCAAACGUUUCUGUUUAUCACCAGGAAUAAACUCAUUUCAUGUUCAAAUAGUCCCACCAGCUGUUUUCUGUUUGUCUCCAGCCUCCAAACAUCUCCAGAUGUUCAUCAGGUUAUUCUGAGACAGAAAGAGAAGCUGGAAUGAUCAGAUCUGUGACGGUUCACUGGUUUAGUGAAUAAAACCGGCCUUCCACUGUCUGAAUGUGUUUAGAAACAGACUCCAGUCCGGAUAAAACACCUGAACCACACAGCUCAUCUCUUUAUUUUAGUCACAUUUAAAUCCAACAUAAAGAACAUCUGCAGCUGCUCACAUGUGAAGAUUUACCAGUAAAAUCUGAGCUUCUAGACAGCUGGUCACACGGAAAGAAAGGUGAAGAGAACGAAGCCGGAGGCUGCUUAAGACACAAAAUAUACAAAAAAUAACACAACGAGGCACUUCUUCAUUUGGGAAACCUGUUAAAUCAGAUGAAGAAUCAGAUGAUCUGCAGGCUUCCUGGAGAUCAGAGCUGUCUGACUGGUUCUAGUCCAGGUUCCAUAUUUAUCCCAGUCUGAUCUCCAGUAAAACCAGUAAAACCACAGCAUGAUAACCUCUAAAUAAGCACAACGCCUAAUGGCUCCUCAUGUUCACAUUUAAGGACUUCUCUUUUUACUCACCAUCAUCAACAACCUGAAAUUUGUUUCAUUUCCACAUUACAGAGUGUUUACAAAGAAACACAACAUGUAGUCACAGGAACAGAACCAGAGAGGGUUUACUGGAGGAUCAGAACCACAAAAAAAGACACAAACUGACAAGAACAAGACAAAACAUUACAAAACCGAGACACAAAGCGACACAAAACAGAAAAAAAAAGAAAAAAACAGUCACAAAGCUACCAAGACAAAUGACAAAAAUGUGACAAAAAAUGACAAAAAACCCCAAAAUGACAAAACAAUAGUCACAAAUCACAAGCAAGAGAAAAGGAAACAGGAAACGACAAAAACAUGAGACAAACGACAAAAGAUUACAAAAAAUGAGAAGUUACACAAAAUAAAACAAAAGACAAAAGAUUUGAUUAAAAAGUUACAAGAGAUAAAAAAAAUAGACAAAAGACAGAAAAACUACACAAACGAGACAAAAAAUAAACGAAACAACAAAAACAUGAGACAAACAACAAGUCAGUCAAAAAAAGGACCAAAAACAGCAGAAAUUGGAAAAAGAUAUUUUAAAAUGACACAGAACGACACGCUUUCAUGUUGGGAACACUUCCAGAUGUUGACGGGAACACUUCCAGAUGUUGACGUGAACACUUCCAGAUGUUGACGGGAACACUUCCAGAUGUUGACGGGAACACUUCCAGAUGUUGACGGGGACACUUCCAGAUGUUGAUGGAACACUUCAGAUGUUGAUGGAACACUUCAGAUGUUGAUGGAACACUUCAGAUGUUGAUGUUGAUGGGGACACUUCCAGAUGUUGAUGGAACACUUCAGAUGUUGAUGGAACACUUCAGAUGUUGACGGGGACACUUCCAGAUGUUGACGGGAACACUUCCAGAUGUUGACGUAAACACUUCCAGAUGUUGACGGGAACACUUCCAGAUGUUGACGGGAACACUUCCAGAUGUUGAUGGGACACUUCCAGAUGUUGAUGGAACACUUCAGAUGUUGAUGGAACACUUCAGAUGUUGAUGGAACACUUCCAGAUGUUGAUGUUGAUGGGGACACUUCCAGAUGUUGAUGGAACACUUCCAGAUGUUGACGGGAACACUUCAGAUGUUGACGGGAACACUUCCAGAUGUUGAUGCUUAAACCAGUCAUUGAUCUUCAGACUGGAGGAAUCUGCUGUUAGAUUUAUGGAACAUAAAGAAAUGUGAAGUUUCUCCACAAACUAAAUGUGUUCACAAAGUUUAAGUCAUUUUAAUGCUUAAUUCAUGGAUUUACCGAUAAAAUGUCAUCAAGUUAACCAGAAAAAUGCUGUGAAAUGAUGCGAUGCUGGAAAACUGGAUAAAAACAGCAAAUCAAAACUGCAUCUUUCUGAUGUUUGUAACAUGUAAACACGCUGUGUGUCAGAAUAAAUGUGAUAAAAAUGCA